AUGUCUGACAGACAGAAAGGUCUCAUAGAAGCAUUUGCAGAUGUGGCCCCCAAAGCUGAGCUCAGAUUUUGUGUGAGGCAUAUUUGGUCAAAUUUCAAACUGAAAUUUCAUGGUGCAACUUUCAAGGAAUUGUUCUGGGCUGCUGCUAGGGCAAGCACUCUGUUUGAGUUUGAAGUUGCUAUGGAAAGUAUCAAUUUUUUGGAUGAAGAAGCAUACCAGUGGCUGUCAAACAUUGACCCCCAGCACUGGUCAAGGCAUGCUUUCUCUACAAACUGCAAGUCUAACAUGUUGUUAAACAACAUGUGUGAGACAUUUAAUGCAGUGAUUAGAGAUGCUAGAGACAAGCCUAUUCUAACUCAAAUGGAAUGGCUUAGAAGAUAUAUGAUGAAGAGGAGUAAUGACAAAUGGGAGGCAGCAAAGUCUUGGGAAGGUUUACUAACCCCAUUUGUCAACAAAGUCUUUGAUGGGUUGGAGAAGUAUGCCAUGACAUGUGAGGUUACAGCUUCAAGGGAUGAAAUUUAUGAGGUGAAAUACAAGGAUGAUCAGUGCAUUGUGGAUCUGCAAGAGAGAAAAUGCACUUGUUAUAGAUGGGAGUUGACAGGAAUACCUUGUGUCCAUGCAUUUGCUUGCAUAAUGGACAAAAGGGAUGAUCCUGAGUUGUAUGUGCACCCACAUUACUAUAGGGUGACAUACUUGGCUGCAUAUGAGAACCCAAUACAGCCAAUGCCUGGCCCUAAGAAUUGGGAAAAGGUCAAGCUCAGACACCCUUUGCCACCUAUGCUGAAAGUGCAGCCAGGAAGACCUAAGGCAAAAAAGAGAAAGCUUGAACCAGGGGAGGGCACUUCUGCAGCACCUGAGGGCAAGAAGCCAAAGGUGAAGAAACAAUGCAAGAACUGUGGUGGGUUUGGCCACUUUGCCAAAACAUGCAAGGCUGAAGCAGCACCAGAACAGCCUAACCCACCUGCAACAAAUCCAAAGGGUGGGAGGCCACAGAUGCAGACUCCUUGGCUUAAGGAACAGAGAAAGAAAAGUGAAGAGAAAGCAGCAAGACAGGCUGCACUGAAGUUGCCACAAUAUCAACCUCCAACAACAGCACAGGCUGGGUCAAGUAAUGCUGCACCUGCAACUGUUGUGUCAAGCCAGCCUGCAACAAGAACAGAGCCUUUGCCAACUCAGCCUGUUACCAGGAGCAACAGGAGCCUGAGUCAGCCCACAAGAGUGCCAACAACUACUCCUCCCAAAGUCAAAAUACAGACCAGGUCCAAGCUUCAUGUAAUGACAAGCAAGAAGGACAAGGAUCUCAAUCAACUGUGA